CCGUAAUCAGGACAGCGGGGAGCGGAAGGUGGCGGAUGAGGCCGCUUUCUAUUUCCGGGUCGCGCUCCUCUGGCUGGAGGCAAGAUGGCGGCGCGGUGCUUGUGGAGGAGGCUUUGCCAGGGAUCAUCUUUUCCUGUCAACUAUGCAAGCAGAGUUAUGCAAAAGCAAUGUUUUCUUCCAAACUUUGACUUGGUGGGAGGACGAUUCUCUGGAUCUCAUGUUCAUACAGAGGAACCUAAGACUAAUCCUCUGGUGUCUAUUUCAGAUGAACCAGAAAUACUGUACCGGAGACUGUCCCUUUUGGUUAAAGGCCACGAUAAAGCUGUGUUGGACAGCUAUGAGUACUUUGCUGUGCUUGCAGCUAAAGAACUUGGCAUCACUGUUGAAAAAGUACAUAGACCUCCAAAGAAGAUAGAACGACUUACGCUUUUAAAAUCUGUGCACAUUUACAAGAAGCACAGAGUUCAGUAUGAAAUGAGAACACAUUACACCUGUUUGGAGUUAAAACACCUAACGGGCAGUACUGCUGCAGUGUACUUAGAGUAUGUUGAACGAAACCUGCCUGAAGGGGUUGCCAUGGAAGUAAAAAAGACAAAGAUAGAGAAAAUACCUGAACACAUCCAGGAGCCAGUUUGGGACUCUCUACCUCAAGUAGAAGAAACAGAAGUCAAAUCAUGAAUUCACCAGGUAUAUCCCUUUUAAUCUCUGAGUUUAUGUGAAAUAGCACGUCAAGAUAACACCAAGAUACUGCCUUUAUUUGUGUAAGGAAAAGGACAGGAAUGCAUCACAGAGUGCCAGGUAUUAUGGGAGUGAUGCAUGGGAUGGAAAACAGAACUAUAGGCAAGCAUGGGCUGUGCUGAAGGAAGAAGUGAGCUGCCUUGUCUUCUGAGUUACUUGGGAUUUGUAUCUUAGUCUGCAUCUUCAUUAUAUACAACAAAAUGAAGCGUAUGAAAUAAAGGGGAAUUAAAAUUCUAC